AUGAGCUCAACAGAGACAAAUGAGAUUGCAUGCCAAAGCUCGAGCUGUCUUAACGGUAAUCCUGCAUCUCGGUUGGAAUGUCCAACGUGCAACAAACUCGGUAUCAAGGGUUCGUUUUUCUGCAGUCAAGAUUGCUUUAAGGCAGGAUGUGGGUGGUUGUUUAAACAACAUAAAAUUAUCCACGACAUCGUGAACCUUAAAAUUACGAAGAUCGAGGAUAAUAAUCCUUUCGGUAACUUCAACUUCGCUGGUACACUUCGACCGGUCUACCCCUUGUCUCCGAAACGUACCGUCCCAGAUCGUAUACCCAGACCGGACUAUGCUGACGACGGCGAAUCGAAAUCUGAAAGACUAGCCAUGGGAAGCCCUCCACGAAUAUUGAGUCCGGAGGAGAUAGAGAAGAUGCGAACAGUAUGCAGGCUGGGUAGAGAAGUAUUGGACAUAGCUGCCGCUGCGAUCAAACCUGGUAUAACCACCGACGAGAUAGAUGAUAUAGUUCAUCAGGCUACAAUUGAACGGAAUGCAUACCCUUCGCCAUUAAACUACCGGCGCUUCCCCAAAUCUGUCUGCACAUCUGUUAAUGAAGUGAUCUGCCACGGAAUUCCAGACCGCCGGCCGUUAUUGGAUGGUGACAUUAUUAACAUUGACGUCACAGUGUAUUACGAUGGCAUGUACCUGUCUCUGACGCCCGUUGGAAGUGUAAUGACGAUCUUAAUUUUGGAUUUAGGGUAUCACGGAGAUUUGAACGAGACUUAUGCCGUUGGAGACAUCGACGAAGACUCCAAACUACUUAUCCGAACGACUCGCGAGUGUCUGGACGAGGCCAUAAAAAUUUGCAAGCCAGGCGCCUUGUUCCGGGAUAUUGGUAAAGUAAUUGAACCAAUAGCCAAACGUAACGGGUGCUCGGUUGUGCGCCAGUACACUGGACACGGUAUCAAUAACUUAUUCCAUUGCAAUCCAAACAUACCACACUAUGCCAAGAAUAAGGCCGUUGGGACAAUGAAGCCUGGGAUGACAUUUACAAUUGAGCCGAUGAUCAAUCUCGGCACCUGGGAUGGGAUACAUUGGCCAGAUGACUGGACGUGCACGACGGCAGACGGGAAAAGGAGUGCUCAAUUUGAGGAAACCUUACUGAUAACGGAUACGGGCGUCGAAGUGCUCACUGCAGGCACGAAGCGCGAGCUCUGA